AGUAAUUUGGGGGAGGGAGAGGAUCCGUAAGUCCUCUCAUUUUGUAAAAUCGUUUUGUUACUAAAAAAGUAUCAUUCAGUAUUGUCCUGUUCUUAAGAUUGUUAACUCAAAUUUAUCAAAGAACAGCUCUAACAACAAUGAAACAACAACCCUAAGAGUUUACAGAGAGAAUUGGAGAAGAAAAAGAUUACACAAAUCAAUAUUUUCUGGUUAAUUCUGCAAAUGUUCUUCGCUUCCCCCUUACAACCUUCAGCUCCCGAUUUCUCCCUCAAACAAACUUUUUCAGCCAAUAAACUUCACCCACGUGUCCAGCAACUUGUUACUUUCUCACGUGCCACACAUGCUCUUCUUCUCAUCUCUUUUCCUGUAUCAGGCAGGUGUUUCAAAUCCUUUUGUCAAGGUGAGAGAAGAGACCUUCCACCGGAGUGCGGGAGUUGGUGUAUAGACGCGCGUUACGUUCAUGCCAUAUUGUGUACACGACUAUGGCUUUGGAAAGUGGUGAGAUUGUCCACAUCCACCCAACUUCUGUUCUAUUCCGUGCGAAACCUGAGCUCAUGCAAACCAGCAAGAAGUACAUCAAGAACCUCACAAGAAUUGAUCCCUUAUGGUUGGCUGAGUUGGCUCCUCAUCAUUAAAAAACGGCAGAGUGAAUUUGAUUUGCCCCCUUUGCUUAUUUUCUAGAUAUAACUAUUUCUAUCCUGAUGGAGGUUGAAUACUUUAUGUUAGGUUCAAAACAAAUUUAUGUUAACAAGACCGAUCGAACUAACCAUAUUUUACAGUCUAAUUGAUUUGAAACAAAUUUAUGUUAACAAGACCGAUCGAACUAUUUCACAGUCUAAUCGAUAUGAAACAAAUUUAUGUUAACAAGACCGAUCGAACUAACCAUAUUUUACAGUCUGGUAGAAUAUAUCAAUAUUACAUUAUAUAUGAAGACUCAAACUGAGUAGAAUACGUAAACUAAUUACAAUGGAAAACAAGCUCAAGACUUUUGGUCUUUACGCGCUCGUACUUGAAAACGAUUCAGAACAUUGCAAGUCAAAUCUUUAUGUAUCUCAUAUAGAACCUCCCAAGAAAAGAGAGGCACAAAUAAAUUAAUAAUCCAACGCGGUUGUUGUUAGUGGGGUUAUAUAUAUAUAUAUGGAUGGAUGAUUGAAAGUUUGAAACAUAUCCACAGCAGAAGUCGUCAUGGUUUUCCGGGAUGACGUUUACAUAUUUUGCCGAGAUUCAAGUGGAACUCGCUUUUCUUCAUUAUUAUUAGCGGCUCUACUCAGUCGGCAAAUAAAAGUCUUUGAAGAUAUCUCCAACAGUCCCAGACAAAGUGAGCAUGUUGACGUUCAAGCAAUAGAAGAAUCCAAGGUUUUAGUGAUUGUCUUCAGUGCUACUUUAAUAAAACGUCGACGGUAUUGGAAUUUGAAAAAGCUUGAGACGAUCAUAAAGGGGGAAAGAACCGCCGGACAAGUUAUCAUACCGGUGUUCCUUGACACAGAGCCUUGCCAUGUAGUAGCCGAUGAAGUCUUCGCUAGAUUUAAAAUUGGCAAGGAAGAGGCGGUUAGAUGGGUCGAUGCUGUAACCAAAAUUGCUGCGCUACCUGGCCGGAUGUAUGCAAGGGAUGAGAGCGUUUUUGUGGGGAAGAUCUUUCUCAAACUCAUGAAGAUUGUGAAGCCUAACAAGCCGAUAGUGAAAAAUAGAAGCCGGUGUUCCAUUGCAAUGACCUUCCUCGUCAUCAUCAAUUUGCUCGUAGAGAUUGCUUCAGUGGUUGCGGACCAGUGUUCUUCCGUUGGCAAGCCUUACUUCGCAAGACUCUCUUUAGCAAUGGCAAUUGUUUCUGUUGUCCUCUCCAUCAUUGACCUCACUUACAAAAUCCGAGUCCAUAAACUUUGUUUCCGUUGCAAGUGGCCUAUACCUUGGUUCUACUAUCCAUCACGUGGCUACAACAGAAUCUUCGCAAGUUUCUCGGAUACGGUCUUAUUGUUCUGUGGCGUUGGUCAGCUACUAGUGUCGUCGAUCAAUUGGUGUUUUGUCGAGAAAAAACGCCGUGAGGGUCCUAUCAACGUAUCAGUGACGGCACUCUUCUUUGCUAUCGGUAUGGUAAUCUCCAAGUUCUUGGAGAAGCCGGGCAGCCAUUUGAAGGACAACUGACUCUAACAAAAAUGUCUUGAUUGUUUUAAGAAAGAAUUCUUAGAUGUUACCCAAAAGUUGGUUUAUUCCUUAUAUCUAACAAUUUUCUAAAAAUUGUUCAAAUGUUUAGUGUUCUAGGUGUAAUUACAAUUUACCCUUUGGAUUUAGUU